UCCUUCACUCUAUGCAACAUAUGCCCUCUUCGUAUAUGAUACUAAAUAUUCAAUAUAAAAUCAAAGGGACACGAGAAUCGAACUUGUGACCUUUUUAUUACCUUGUCUUCUAAUAUCUUAUCAAGAAACUAACUUAAUCAAAAGUUCAAACCGUAAGAUAUACUAUAUAUUCUAUAACACCCUUUCACACUAUGCAACACAUGCUUCUUCAUACAUGGUGCUAAAUAUUCCACCUUAAACGAGAGAUGGAUGUGAUUCUAACCUGUGACCCUUCUAUUACCUUGUCUUCUAAUACCAUAUCAAGAAACCAAUUUAAUUAAAAGCUUAAGCACAUCAUAUUCUAUAUAAUCUAUCACGCCCCUUCACGCUAUACAACACAUGCCUUCUUUAUACCUGGUACCAAAUAUUCCACUUAAAACGAGAGGUGGGCGAAAAUCGAAUCUGUAACCCUUCCAUCACCUUGCAUUGUCUUCUAAUAACAUAUCAAGAAACCAAUCAAUCAAAAGUUUAAGUUGAUAGUUAAAGCCAUAAUAUAUUAUAAACCCAUCUAAUAUACAAUUUAACAAGAUUGGAGGAAAAAAAUACAAAUCUUUCGCCCAUCAAAAUAAAGGAGAUAUAUUAAGUUUUAUUCUAGGACCAUAAAAAUCUACCACAAAAUAAGUCCCAAACUUGUGUUCUCAUUUUCACAUCAAACCAAAAAACCCAAAACACCAGAGAAGAUGAGCAAAAGAUUAGUCCUAUUCCCAUUACCAUUACAAGGACACCAAACUCCUAUGCUUCAACUAGCAAACAUAUUACACUCAAAAGGCUUCAAAAUAUCAAUCAUCCAUACUCAUUUCAAUGCUCCUAAUCCUAAUAAUCACCCUUUUUUUCGUUUUCACCCUAUUCCUAAGACUUUAUUAGACUCUAAAGCUUCUAUUGCAGAUGUUAUAGGGCUUUUGAAUGAGCUAAAUGAGAAAUGCGUGGGGCCUUUUAGGGAAGUAUUGGCUCAAAUAGUGUCUGAAAUUGGGGGUGUUGCUUGCUUGAUUAGUGAUGCUAUGUGGCAUUUUACACAAGGUGUUGCUGAUGAGUUUAUGCUUCCUAGGCUUGUGUUGCGCACUAGUAAUCCAUCUAGUUUUGUUGCUUUUGUUUAUAUGUCGGUUUUUCGAGAUAAGGGGUACCUCUCUUCUAAAGGAGAUCGGUUGGAACGCCUAAUACCAGAGCUUCCACCUUUAAAGAUGAAAGACAUUCCCAUACUUGGAACAUGCGAUUUAGAAGCGACUUAUGAAUUAGUCCGCGACAUGAUAGAAAAAACCAAGGCCUCAAGAGGAGUCAUAUUCAAUUCGUUUGAGGAACUCGAAGGUCCUGCACUCGCAACGCUAAGGCAGGACCUUCAAAUUCCCGUCUUUGCAAUAGGCCCUUUUCAUAAACAGGCUCGACCCUUUUCGAGUAGCCUAUUAGCCCAUGAACGCGAUUGUAUUUCCUGGCUCGAUUGUCAUGCACCCAAGUCAGUGUUAUACAUAAGCUUUGGAAGUAUAGCUUCAGUUGAUGAAGCAGACUUUGUUGAGAUUGCUUGGGGCUUAGCCAAUAGCAAGCAACCAUUUUUAUGGGCCAUUAGGCCUGGGUUGGUCCGUGGAUCAGAUGGGCCAGCUCCACUUCCAAAUGGGUUCUUGGAGACGAUAGCAAAGCAAGGCCGGAUUGUCAUGUGGGCCCCACAAGACGAGGUUCUAUCCCAUCCUGCUAUUGGUGGAUUUCUGACUCAUAGUGGAUGGAAUUCGACUUUGGAAAGUAUUUGUGAAGGUGUUCCGAUGCUUUGUCUACCUUGUUUUGGUGAUCAAAUGGUUAAUGCUAGAUAUGUAAGUGAUGUUUGGAAGGUGGGGUUAAGAUUUGAAAAUGGGUUAAAAAGAGAAGACAUAGAGAUGGCAACCAAAAGGAUAAUGGUGGAGAAAGAAGGCAUAGAAAUGAGACAUAUAUUGGCAUAUUUGAAACAAAAGGCAAGUCUUAGUAUUGCAGCAGGUGGAUCUUCUUUCACAUCCUUGGAAGGUUUAGUUUCCCACAUUUUUUCAUUUUGAUUUGUUGGAUCUUUGAUUUUGAUGAUAACAAACACACGAACCGUAACAAAUUUGUUGUGUUUAGUUUGAUCUAUUUGUAGUUUCCAUCUCGAAUAAUUGUCGAUUUUAGGAUCAUGCGAACAUGAAACAUUGUUCAAUUUGUUUGUAGUGUUCAAUCAAUAUUUAAUCAUAAAAGUGCGUGUUAGUGUGUAGUCGACUUCAAGCUUUUGAGAUUAAGGCUCUAGCUUUGUUGUUGUGUUGUGUGAGAAUAAUUAGGAAGAAAUUUGAAUCAGAUUUAUCAGGACAAAAAAUGACAUUGCCCAAAGUACCUAGUUCAUUAUG